CAGCGGGGUAGGUUGUGACGAGGAAGCAGCAGCAGCAGCAGCAGGAGGAGGAGGCGUUUGGUUGCGCGCGCAAGGGAAGGAGCCUGCAGAGCUGCGUUAGGAUGAGACGGUUUAAGAAAGUGCAUCUCACGGCCAGCGACUGCGAAGCCUUCAGCCACAGCAGAGAGGGCUCGUCCUCCCUGACGCAGCCGGUCGGGCAAGCACGGACCGGCAGAGACUUCAACAGGGGUCUCUACCCGACAUACUGGACCAGGAGACAGCAAGAAGGGAAGGGCCAUCAGAAGAGCAUCACUUCUUAUUUCAAAACCAAGCAGCACGCGGGUGAUAGAGAGGCAGAAAGCUGUGAAAACCAAGAGCCAGAGGCAAAAAGCCACAAGGUCAAAGAAGAGCUGGAAGACCCCUUCUUCAGCGAUGAGGAGUUGUUGUCCAGCCUGGAGGAACCUUCUUUCCUGGCUGGAGAGGCUGAAAGUGCCGAAGCAGCUGUCUCCAGGAAGCGGCCUCUCCUUCCCGAUGCAUCUGGCAGCUGCGAUGCAGGCUACGGCAAGUGGGGUAAACCUGACGAAGCCCUCAGGACUGACAUUUUCCUUUCAGAGCCUCCCGGACAGACUGAAAGCCGACGGGAGAUCAAACAGGAGCUCGAUAUCGACCCGCUUCCUGAUCCCUGCUUCGGGCUCUUGGGGACGUCAAGCGGGACGGAGCCCCAGGGUCACAUUGACCAGCUGCCAGAUGAGGUCCUGAGCCAUAUCUUUGCUUGCCUCCCUGUGAGUGAUCUCUACCAAAGCCUGAGCCUCGUGUGUCACCGCUGGAAACGCAUCAUCAGGGAUCCCCUGUUCAUCCCAUGGAAGAAGCUGUACUACCAGUACCUGCUGAAGGAGAACCCCACUCUGAUCACCGUGGGAGUGAUUUUGGACCGUUACGGUAUAACAAAAGAGCAGGAUCAGUGUAUGCUGGGGCUUAUAAGGUACGUGUCUACCUUAAGCAGCGACCGAAGAGUAGACUCCGAUAAGGUUCUCCAGUGUUUGAAGAGCCACCGUCUCUUUACCAAGGCAGAAAUCUGCAUCGCCAACAAGCUGCCUGAUUUAAAGAGCACAGCGGGGGCAGCGAUGGCGUGGGCGGUGAUAGCAACCAUUGUGCUGUUCUCGGAUGCGGUGCGUGACAUCCAGAAGCUGAUGGCCUGCCUGAGGAGACCCUGCUCUACCGUUUCGGUCGUGGAGGUCGCUGAGACCUUGUACUGUCUGGCCACCCUGCUGUACGCAAUGAGGGAGAAGGACAUUGAUAUCAGCAACAGGCUCCAUUACAAUAUAUUCUAUUACUUGUAUCUGAUGGAGAACUCUUGUUCUGCUGUUAAGACCGUAGAGCAGCCAGUGCCCAGUUCGCCAUGCGUGAGAGACCUCUGGUCCAGGAGUAAACUUGAUUUAAAAUUAACCCAUGAACAGCAAAGGAUCCUGAACCAUGAAAUUGCACCAGGUCAUAUAGUCAAAAUCAUGGCAUUUGCAGGUACUGGAAAGACCUCGACUUUGAUCAAGUACGCAGAGAAAUUUUCCAACCUUAAUUUCCUGUAUGUGGCAUUUAACAAAUCCAUUGUGGAAAACGGGAAGAAGGUUUUCCCCAAUAAUGUCACCUGCAAGACUUUCCACUCGUUAGCUUUUGCGACUUUUGGCAAACAAUAUAAAGAAAAAGGCAAGCUGAACUUCUCCAAGCUGUCGCCUUACACAAUCAGCUUCCAACUCAAAACCCGCCAGGGGCAGUCUCUGUUCGUGCGGGGGAAGACGGUUGCUCAGACGCUCGAGAGCUUUUUCGCCUCUUCGGAUGAGUUCAUAUCCACGGAGCACACUCCCAUAUGGUGCAAAAAUACACAUGGGAUGCGGGUCCUUGUCACCGAGGGGGAGAAGACGAUCAUCGUCAAGGAAGCAAGACAGAUAUGGGACAAUAUGAAGGCGCUGAACAGAGCUACGGAAAUGAACUGCAAAAUAACGUGUGAUGGGUACUUGAAACUUUGGCAGCUUAGCAAGCCGCGGCUGUCGGGAUAUCACGCCAUAUUUGUCGAUGAGGCGCAAGACUGCACUCCAGCCAUCAUGAACGUGGUGCUGUCCCAGACCUGUGGAGUCAUCUUCGUGGGGGACCCGCACCAGCAGAUCUACACCUUCCGAGGGGCUGUCAACGCGCUUUUUGAAGUGCCGCACACUCACAUCUACUAUCUCACCCGGAGCUUCCGAUUUGGUCCUGAAAUAGCUUAUGUUGGAGCUACCAUCCUGGACGUCUGCAAGAAAGUCAGGAGUAAGACGUUAGUGGGUGGAGUUCAAGAAGGUGACAUAAGAGGCAGCACGACGGGGAAGAUAGCCCUCAUAUCCCGGAGCAAUUUAAAUGCGUUUGAGGAUGCGGUGAAGAUCACUGGAAGAGAGCAGCCCACGAGAAUACAUUUGAUUGGGGGCCUUGCUCGUUUUGGACUAGACAAAAUCCAUGAUAUUUGGAAGCUCCUUCAACCUAAAGAUGUACGGGAGGCAUCAAACCUGAGAAUAAGUGACCCUUUUAUCAAAAAGUGGGAUGAGUCUGAGGGCUUCCAGGGUCUAAAGGAAUAUGCCACGACCAGUGAAGACAAGGAGCUGGAAGUGAAGAUCGCGAUAGUGGAGAAAUACAAUGUCCGGAUUCCCGAGCUGGUGCAGAAGAUCAAGGCCAGUCAUACAUCAAACAGAGAAUUUGCAGAUUACCUGAUCGGCACCGUACAUCAAGCCAAGGGCCUGGAGUUCGAUACAGUGCUGCUUGCAGAUGAUUUUGUGAAAGUCCCGUGUGCCAAACACAAUCUCCAGAGGCUGCCUCAAUUUAGUCCGGCUAUAUAUGCUGAAGAUGAGUGGAACUUGCUCUAUGUUGCGGUGACCCGUGCCAAAAAGUGCCUGUUAAUGACAAAGUCCCUAGAAUACGUUUUGACGUUGGCUGGGGAGUACUUGUUGCGGGCAGAACUCACCAGCGAGAUUUUAAAGGAUGGGCUUGUGAAGUGCUCGGUGCCACAGUGCAACAACAGCGUGCCUGCCGAGUCCUUCCUCACCAUGAAGAAACAGCCGUUAACUUAUAGCAAUGGCACACAAGACCCAGGGGGCUACCUGUGCCACUCGUGUGUGCAGCAGCGUCUCGGCCCCUUCACACUGCUGACCGUUUCCCCCAGUAUCGUGCAAGCCAUGGAUGUUGCAAUGGAAGCGAUUGAGGUUCCACGGCAUAUUGCUGUCCUGUACGAGCUGUUUUGACCCUGGCCAGGGCUGCUUGGAGAAUACCCAUAAGUUAGCCCGUCUGCCACCUUACCAAUGUCACUGGAGAUCCGAGCAGUGCUGUCUGUGGAGAAGCUCGUCCAGAGAGGGAUCAGAAGCAAGGUGGGCACUGUAUGAAUAAGACCUGGGUCACCCCUCUGUUGUGGAGGGACCUUGCUCCUGCUCCUUUCUAAAGGACACCGGUGGCCGACGCAUCCCGGGAGCCCCUGUGUUAUGUCUGGCUGCAGCAGCUCUGCAUCCCUUGCACAGCACAAGAUGCACUUGGAAUCAAACAGAUGCCUUUCAUGAGCUUCGUGUCCGAAAAGUUUGCCUGUGAUUGUGGCAGGCUGCCAUCACUACAGGACAUUCGGGGGGCCUGCCUGGUGGUGAUUGCCCAGGCUUUUGUCCCCGCUAUCUAAGCCCCGACUUGAUGAAUUCUGGGCAUUGAGGAAAACCUGAGAGAAUGCAAAGUGAAGCGGGGAAAAAAGUCAGAGGGGUUUUCAUUGCAAAGGAAAGCUGACUUCAGAUUUUAUAAGGCUCAUCUCUCUUCUGUCUCUGGGCAGAGACCAGAGGGGUUGCACAGGUGAAUGCAGGGCUGUCAGACUUCAGAGGGGCUGGGGCCUGCAGGACCCCCAGCCACACGCAGCCGUGCAACCCUGCCCCUGUUGCAUCACAUGCCACGAGUCCCACAAGCCAUGAGCUCCCCCUCCCCUGCUCCCCUCUGGCCACAUUCCCCCCUCCAGUCCCAUGUAGCCGAUGACUCCCGCUGCACCACACCAGUGUGGAUGCUCCAGGAGGUACCCAAAUCCCCUGAGCCCUCCAGCCAAGGGCUCCCUCAGCCCUGCAGGUCAGGCCUCCCCAUCCUGCAGGCAGGGGAAGCUCAAGGAAGGAGCAGGUCCUGGAGGCUGCACAUUAACCUCUUGGGGGCUGCACAGUCGGACGGCUCUGGAUGAACUUGCUCCAUCAAGAAUAUCAUCGUUAGUAUUUGGUGGCAGUUGUUCACUGUUCCCGUGUUGGACAGGACACUACCCUGUCCCUGUGGCACUCCCUGUUCCCUCCUGUCCUCUGAGCGAUCCAUCUCUCCAAACCAAAUCAACUCCUCGAAUUAUGCCCCGAGGUGAAAAUGGCAGGGCACACCCGGAGUGUUUUUAAGCUGUGAGCAAACCUGUUGCAGCGACUGGUUUUUAUUUUGUAUUAAAAAGUGCAUUUCUGC